UGCAAAGAAAAACAUUAAUAAAAUAUUUGCACACAUAGACUGCUGAUAUGAUCGCCCUCGUCGUGAAUGGACAUGAAAAGUUAGAGAGAAUCCUUUAGCAAAAGCUGGAUUACGAAGAGUCCUACGUGUAAGAAAGUGUGAUUAUAAACCCUAUUUAUCCAACCUUCCUUCUUUUACAAGCCAUAGUGACCUUGUUCAAAUAUUCCGUUCAUCUUUGGGUUUAAGCGUAGUUAAAACUGGUUGGUCAUAGGAUACGUUUCAACCAAAACAAAUUUUUAAGAAAUCUUUUAAGGUGGCAGAAAAAUACAUUUCAAGAUCUUCUGUAGAAAGUAUGGGCUUGAAAUUUAAAUUCAUUGCUCUGAGGAGAGGAAAACUGCCUACAUAAUAGAUAUCAAAUCAGAGUUUGCAAAGAUCGCUGCAAGCUAUCAUCGACAAGAGUGGGUUACGAAGCUGCGAAGGAGCCAAAGCAGCUGCCAAUUGCCGUUUCUUGUCGGCUGAUAGAAUGCAGCUACAGCAUGGGAAAAUUUCGAAGCAGGUGUUGAGGAAGAUCAUCAAGCAAAGUCGCAAAGAGAUUGCACGACUGGCCUAUUGUGACGAAGCAUUUCAUUUCAAAUUCAUCGUCUGUAGUUUCUGUUUUUUAUUCAAACACAUGUAGCCUUCGGUAAUGGUGCGGUAUCGAAAGCAUGUUAAUUCAAGAGAACAUCUUGGACACAUACAGCAACUUUCUCUGUAACUAACCUGACGUGAUGGUGGAUAUUUACGCCAGUUGCGAAAAUGUUUGCGAAAAUGCUCGCCAAGAGCUUAAUGAACGUAUUGACACUCGAAGUUUUGACAUUGAAGCUUUACGAGAUCGGAUGUCAGAAAGACCAGACGUCUAUUUCGAGAGAAAAGACGAUGAAUUUCUACUACAGUUUUUAAGAGCUCGCAAGUUCGACAAAGACAGAGCUUUCAAUCUGCUUGUAAACUACUGUAGAUUCCGUCGACGUCAUAGACAGUUCUUUCGCUCGUUACGAGCAUCUUGUUUACGGCCAGUUUUCGAAGAUGGACUGCCAAUGGUCAUGCCGGAACGUGAUCAUCUGGGUCGUAGCAUCGUAAUAAUGUUCCCAGGGAACUGGAAUACGAAGCUGUACACCUUUGACGACAUUUUACGAUCCUUAUUGUUGACAAUGGAAUAUCUGAUAGAAAGCGAAAGAACUCAAGUUUGUGGUGUUGUAUUUAUAGUCGAUUUCACCGGAUGGAGGCUGUCAGAUGCAUCGCACCUCAACAAGUCACAUUUAAUAGAUGCCAUCAAAGUCUUCCAAGACUGUUUUCCAGCCAGAUUCAAAGGAGUCCACUUUGUUAACCAGCCUUGGUAUGUGAGAUUGCUAAUGGCUGUCAUCCGACCAAUUUUAAAGCAGAAGGCCCAAAAUAGAAUCCAUUUCCACGGAAAAGAUGUUUUGCGUCUUCACAGCUACGUUCAUCCAAGUGUGCUGCCUCCUGACCUGUGUGGCGAUCUAAAAGUUUCAGACAAAUCUUGGCUUUAUAAAGCUUUACUUGACAGAGAAGUGAGCAAACAUAAAAGUUGAUUGAAUUUGGUAGAUUGUAUUUGGUACUAACUGUCGUGCUUACCUACAUUAUAUAAUUCAUGCAUGUUUAUACAAGUUCAUUCACCAUUAUUACUCGCUUUUAUCGCUUUUGAUUCUGCACGUGCCGUCGCCAAAACAAUUGAAAAGUCAAGAGAAGAAUUUCAAGACAUAACCAUAGAAUUUCACUCGAGAGAGAAUGCAGCAAUGUAAAAGCAAUAUGCCAGAAGCAGACGUUUCAUCUGAAAAGACUUUAUAUUGUGAAUAACUGUAAAGAACUCAUUGUCAUUCUUCACCAAAUCCUUCAUUCUAGGAUAUCAUUAGAUUUAUUUUGGAAUUUUCUGAAGGUAAUUGUGACGCGAAAAGCAAAAAAAACUGUCUAAGCUAUUCAUCCCUUCUUCGGGUUUCCUGGAAGGAGACUGCAGAAACGUUGGUGCUAAGCAUAGCCAACGUCAAAAGCAGCCUACAAUCAUUAUGUUCCCUGCUACGUUACCUUUAGUUCAGCGAUCGGGUUGGGCAAAGAUUUUCCAAGCGGAAUUUGAUAGUGAGUCAAAAAGUCUUUCCUAAGAAAAUAUAAAACUUAUUUUCAAGAUAACCACUACCAUAUACAGAAACCCUAAAAGUUUGACCCUGGAUUACAAUGCCUUCACCUGGCGUCAUUUGUUCAAAAUGCAACUUUGUAACCCUGUCAUUUAGUCUCCAGCCGAAACCACCGUUGUUUGAAGCGUACAAGAGAAUUUACGUGAAUAUCAAACAAAGAGAAAAGCAAGGAUUCCAGACUUUGCAGAAAAUGUCAACUUUGCUAGUAUUACGUUUACUUUAAAAACCUAUUUGAAAGGAACCAUCUUUAGCUCUAUGCAUUAUUUCUGUCUACUGGAGCUAACUCUCUAGAUGUUGAGAACUAUGGGCUAUUGCAAAGCUAUAAAAAGCAGUAAAAACCAUGUGUACAUAAUACGGAGAAAAAUCUUGCGUCAUAAAUUAGAUACCAAGAUAAGCAUUAUACCAGAUUUGCGUUACACACUUAAACAAAGAUAUCACAUAUUUUCAAGACAGUUUAGAAAUCACCUGCAACGAGCCAAGCCCGAAAGAUAUGGCGACCAUAUGCAUAUGUGUGCAGUUUAGGUAAAAAUGGAUUGGGCACUAAUACCCCUCUUUAAAAGUAGCACUGGCGGCGUCCUUAACAAUUUCUAUACUCUAAUCUCAUUUACUACAUUUGAUUGUCUAUACCUGCCAAGCCUCGUGUUAAUAUCUUUUCCGUGAAAGAGUAAAACACAGGGAACUUUGCUUUUACCCCCAUCUAAACGUAGAAUUGGGGGCAUAUUUAAGAAUUUUCAAACUCUAAUCUUAUUCAGUGCAUCAAAUUGCUUUUACCUAUCAAAUUUUGCGUAAACAUCUGUUUCUAGACUAUAGAUAAAGGUGUUUCUUUCUGUGGGGACUUGGCAUGAGAACCUAAGUCUAAAAAAACGGGUUAGGGGCAUUUUUCAGAAUGGUUCCAACCUUCACCUUUUCAGUAUCACAAAAGUGUCUAUGUCUGCUAAAUCGCAUGCUUUUAUCGCAUUUUGCACGAUGAAUUUCAUUAUCUGCUGUACUAACUGGUAUGCAAAAUGUUCUUUGACUUGAUUGGUGUAAGCAAAGCUGCUUCAAUAUUGAUUGGUUUAGGCAAAGCUAUUUGUAUCCUGGUUGGCGUACAUCAAGCUUCACCCCCUUUAAGCAUGCAAUUUGUACAGGUAUGUAUCUACAUUUAUUUAUCUAGACAACACUGUUUCUUUAAUUUCAUAAGCCUUUUGGAUGUGGAGCAAUUUCAUAAACAUUUUCCUUGAAUUCCUACAAGCAGCCCUAGAAGCAUAAUUUUUCUGCAGAGCAACUGCCGAGACAGUUUUAUUCAUCAUGAAGACAAUCAAUCUGUACUCGACCUAACUGCCUGGAAGAGAUUAUGUUUAUGCAGUGCCAAAGAGGGGCUAUGUCUAUCCGCACUUCUUAUUUAGAAAUGAAAUUGGAUUAAUAACCAUAUUCUCUUUGAGCACAUAUUCUACUCUUUGAGCACAUAUUUUUUACAACAUUAUAUAACUUUUACGCAGUAACAUAUAACUACGAAUCUGGAAUACCAUGAAUGUAAAGUUGCAUUUUCUCGAGCAAAUUGAUCAAUGCAUAAACGUUCGAUAUCAUAACACUAUCUGCUCAAUAUCUGUUGGUCACAAUGCCAGGAUCAGGCUCAAAAACAGUAAUGGUACCGUCGUUAAAUAAUUACACAUAAUGGAUACAUUUAAAUGAACUACUAACAUUAGAAGAAUAGGAAAAUGUCGCUUAUAAAAAUGCCAACCAGAUCCAUGAGGUACCUCUCAUUUGUUAUAGUCGAUUUUCUAAAAAAUUCACAUCAUUGAAUUUCACCAUUUAUUUCCUUACUGAAAGAAGAUUGUUUGCUAGAAUCAGGACUCUGUGCCCCAGAUCAUACCCAUAAACUAUUCACUGUCAUGUUAGUUUCAAGCUUUGCUGAACUAGAAAGGAACAUUACUUCUUGAGUAACCACCUCCACGUUUAUGAAAGAUACUAAAACUAGCAUUUACAUCACUUGAUUAAGGCACGGCGCAGCCAUUGGGCUAGCAGAGGCUUUAGCCCCCCCCCCUCACUUAAAAAUAAUUUUGGAAGGUUUGCUCAAAGAAAACUUUGGAAAGUUUACUCCUAUGUAAAUCUUCUUUAGUUGGAAUCUUUUUUGCUCAUUUUCUAGGUGUUUCAUCUUGUUUAAUGAUAUGAUGUGUUUUCCAACUUAGUUAGCUUAGUGUUUUAUUACCCUCAAGCUAAUUUUAUCUAUUUUUAUAGUUAUUGAUAACUUUUCUCAACCAGACUGUUUAUAAAAGUUUACUGGAAAUAAACAGGUAUUUUCUAAAAGAGGCGUUUUCGGGCGUUCUAGAGGGCGUGGCCUCAAAAAAAUUUCAGGCGCACCCAUUUCAGCCCCUCCACUUUUAGACUAGUGCGCGGUCCCUGAUUAUUAAUUUCAAUAGAGAAUUUGUACCUACAGUUGUACCAGUAGGGUAUCAACAGUCAGGCCAUUUUUUUAAGGAUUUCUGAGUGGUGGGCAUUUUUCAAAAGGGCCAAUGCUCACCUCAAGAAAUUGUACAGGGUUUAUGGACAGAUGCUUCAGAUUGUAAUUUGCUUCUGCUUAUGCAAAAUAUCCCAGUUUGUUGCAAGGGCUUGAUGGGUUGUUUCACACAUAUAUGUCAUGUAUAAGACAACUUUUUAGCUUAGAUGUGUUCCUGCUGAAGAAAUUAGCUAGAGAAAUUAACAAUUUAGCUUGGGAUGCCGAAUUCAAAUAUGCGCAUUUA